UAAGCGCACUUCCUACAUCUCUGUCUCACUCACUCUUGCACUUAGAUUUCAUUUCAUCACAUUCCAAAAUCGGAGUAUAUUCCGGCGACCCAGAACAGAUUCCGGGGAACUUUCCCAUCUGACUGUGCUGGAAAUUGAGUGAAAAGUGAAAACCCACUGCAUAAAAUCCGAAUCUUGGCUAUUAGUCUUUCUUGUCUUAAACCGUUGAAAAUUGAAAUCCAAAUGCAAAAUUGGUGAAAGCGUGAUUAGAAAAAUGGGUUCUUGUCUCAGUGUUGAAGGAGAAGAACAUCAGCAGAGAGAGAGCAAUUCUUCUUGUGGAAAACCCGGUAGCAAUGGUGGCUCCAAAUCUCCGGUGAAAUCGGGCUCUGUGAGUUCAAACACAUUCGUGAUCAUCCCUAAAAAUGUGAAGGAUCUGCGUAUAAGCCCUGGCAACGGCGAUCUUGAUAUCUUCACGUAUGAGGAGAUGAAGCUGGCCACAAAGCAUUUCAGGCCAGAUCAGGUUCUCGGUGAGGGUGGAUUUGGUAUUGUCUACAAAGGAGUUAUAGAUGAGAGCGUGAGGCCUGGAUACAAGACGACUCAGAUUGCUGUUAAAGUGCUUGAUCCUGAAAGUCUACAGGGCGACCGAGAAUGGCUGGCAGAAGUAAACUAUUUAGGCCAACUCCGACAUCCUAAUCUGGUGAAACUUAUUGGCUACAGCUGUGAGGAUGACCAUAGGCUUUUGGUCUAUGAAUAUAUGGCAUCUGGGAGCCUCGAGAAACACCUUUUCUUCAGGGUUCGAGCCACGUUAACAUGGCAUAGAAGACUAAAAAUUGCUUUGGAUACUGCAAGAGGCCUUGCUUUUCUUCAUGGUGUUGAAAAACCUAUCAUUUACAGGGAUUUCAAGACUUCAAACAUUUUGUUAGAUGAGGAUUUCAAUGCAAAGCUUUCUGAUUUCGGGCUGGCAAGGGUUGGGCCAACGGGAGAUCAAACUCAUGUCUCAACACGGAUUAUGGGCACAUACGGUUACGCUGCUCCUGAGUAUGUCAUGACCGGUGAGUCUGAUGGACAUUUGACAGCAAGAAGUGAUAUCUAUGGGUUUGGAGUUGUUCUGCUCGAGAUGCUUAUAGGAAGACGCGCAAUGGACAAGAGCAGGCCAAGCCGAGAGCAUAAUCUUGUGGAGUGGGCUCGCCCGCUCCUCAACCACAGUAAGAAGCUUUCAAGAAUACUGGAUCCUAGAAUCGAGGGGCAAUACUCCACCAGGAUUCUCAUGAAAGUGGCGAAUCUAGCAUACCAAUGUCUCAGCCAGAACCCGAAAGGAAGGCCCCUCAUGAGUCAAGUCAUUGAGAUCCUGCAACCUCUCGUCACUCAAGAACUGAGCCCGACAGAAAGUGGUGGUAGUAUAACCCUUUACGAAGUCCAAAAGGACACGCCUCGGAAUCCCAACGGAGGGUAAGAAACGGCCAAGAAAGUCAGAGCGGAAGAUUUUGACUGUUGAAACCUGUAGUUUUUUCACAAGUCAUGAACAUUGUAACUCUUUAAUGAUGGAAGUAAGCAAGGCAAGUGUUUAUAUAUCCAAAAUAAAAAUGAAAGGAAAGAAUUUUGGCACACUUUGGAAACCAUUUACAGGAGUUGUCUGGAUGAUUUAUCA